AUGGCAGGCGGAUCACUCUUCCACGUCGGCGAAGAUGUCGAAUUCUGGAGAGUUUUGAUCCACCUGAGCAUCCUAGCUGUCUGCCUCGUGCUCUUUGAAGGAGCACUGCACAAACUGGAACACAAGUUCCCUCCUUCCGAGAAAUACCAGCACAUGCUCAAGAAGGCCUAUCGAGAACUCAUGAUACUAGGUUUGAUCAGUCUCGGCCUCAAGAUCCUCAAAGAAAUCCCCGACAUCGACAGCGACAGCAAGACGAUGCUGGCCUUCCAAGUGGCCGAUUUGACCAUCUUCCUUCUAGCACUGGCGCUCAUUCUACAGUCCACCGGUGUGUUCCUACUACUACGCAACCAGAACGACCGAGCCGAACGUGCCGAGCUGAUCACAACGCAAGACCUGGUUACCUCGGUCAACGGGUCCAAAAACUCCGACGAUGCGAUGCCUUCUUUCUUCCAGACGCUGUUCUGUUGCGGCAGAUCGGCCAAGAAGAGAGCCAACGACAGAGAACUCGUCGAGUUGAGACUACUGCGACGUCUGUUCCUUCACCGCUUCGGAUUACCGCAGCUCUUCCCGUACUCCAAGUACCUCAACCGAGCUCAAGCCAACCAGAUCGCGCACAUGACCGAAGUAGAGCCAGCGAUGUGGGUUGUUCUGCUCGUAGUGGCAUGGUCGAUCUGUGGGUUGCUAGUGAUUCUCGAAUCACUUCAUACAGAGAUGCCAGAGAGCCACGAACUCGUCGAGGCUGUCAUGGUGUUCGCUUGGAUUUUGUUAUUGCUUCACUACAUGGUGUGCUUGUACUUCCGCUCCUGCGUACAUCACCUCCUGCGCAUCGGAUCAUUCAGCACAGACAAGGCCACUCUAGUUACCAACUUGAGGGCUAUGGCCGAUGAAGAAGCAGACGCGUGGAAGAAUGAGGAAGCAGACAAGGCAUUAGAAAUCAUGAACAGCGUUCAAGAGCACCACGAGGAGCUCGAACUCCAACGUCAGCGCUAUAAGACCGGGCGAGAAGAUUUGAGUGGUGUCAUGGCAACGUCAUCCUCUCUUAACAUACGCUCAUUUUCACACAAGGGCUGGCACACUACGGUUAUACUGCUCCUUAUUCUUAAUGGUUUCCUCGUUACCCUGUUUAUCCAGUGCGCCGUGUAUGAGCUGGACGACAUUUACGAAGAGUUUGGGGUGCUACCCGCAGUGAUAGUGCCCCUACCGCUGCUGAUCAAUGCACUAGUCUUACAACAUCGCAUCUUCUACGACUUUGUCAUCGUGAGCAGUAUGCUGAGUAUUGAUUCGCAUACACUCAGUGACGUUGUAGAAAAUUUCAGCGACAUCGUGCGUCUAAGGUCCGAGUUCUCCACCAUGCUACUAAACCAUAUUAUCCAGCACGAGCUUCUUAUAUCGGAUCUCCAGGACGAACUGAAGGCCCAGGACCGAACCAACUCCGGAUUCAUCGAAGUCGACGAUCUACGGGAUGUUUUAUUAAAGUUUGGAUUUCGCCUGACGCGCUACCGUUUCAACAGCGUAGUGAAGCUGUUGUUUGAGCUCAAAGGCACCAGAGUUGCGUACGCGCACGUGGUGCAUUUAUUGUUGAUGGCUCAGAACGAGAAUAUGGGCGAAAUUAUGUCUGGUCGUCAGCAGUUGCGACUGAGUACGAUGAUGAGCGACGACCUGUGCCAGUUCAGCCUGCGGUCUCACUCCACGUAUAACCUCUUCAACUCGAAUCGACAGGUUUCGAUGAUGUUAUCGCCCAACAUGGACGAGCUCAGUCCGCCCGACUUCGUGAGUGUUGACACAGAGAACAUCAUUCCGAAAAACUCACACCACGGCAUCAACGAGAACACUACGCAAAAUAUGACGCGUUGCCGCAUGAGCUCACAGACCUUGCACGACAUGUUCCAUUUGCCACGAGUGUCGGAAUCCCAUCUCCCUACAGGGCUUUAA